AUAUGUGAUGUGGAGAAUAGAUUGGCUUAUGUAAAAAAAAAAGAAAAGAAAAAGAAAAAAGAAGAAAAGAAAAAAAGAAAGAAAGAAAGAAAAUUAUAUUAGGUUAAUAUAAAGCACGUAGCGUGUUAGAAUUAUUUCUCAAAAUGGUACUUAUCGCUGCUGCUAUAUGCACGAAGGCGGGUAAAACUAUUAUUUCCCGUCAAUUUGUUGAAAUGACAAAAGCACGAAUUGAAGGGUUAUUGGCUGCAUUUCCAAAAUUAAUGAGUUCCGGUAAACAGCAUACUUUUGUUGAAACAGAAUCUGUGAGAUAUGUUUAUCAACCAUUAGAGAAAGUAUACAUGUUACUCAUUACGACCAAGGCUAGCAAUAUCUUGGAAGAUUUAGAAACUUUACGACUUUUUGCAAGAGUGAUCCCUGAAUAUUGCACUUCAAUGGAUGAAAUUGAAAUAGCAGAUAAUGCAUUCAAUUUAAUAUUUGCAUUUGAUGAAAUAGUUGCGUUAGGAUAUAGAGAAAGUGUUAAUCUUGCACAAAUUAGAACUUUCGUUGAUAUGGAUUCUCAUGAGGAAAAGAUUUAUCGUGCUGUGAGAAUGACACAGGAACGUGAAGCUAAAAAUAAAAUGCGUGAGAAAGCUAAAGAAUUACAGAGGCAACGAAUGGAAGCGAAUAAAAGAAAUAUCAAGAGUUCAGGUUUUAUUCUUGGUGGUGGUUUCAGUGGUGGUGGUUUCUCUCCAACUCCUACGAUUGGAGAUACUGCCAAUUUUGUACCAGAUUCAGUUAGACCAUUGUAUACUCCAGUACAAAAGCCAGCUAAUACUGGUCCAAGUGCAAUGAAACUUGGUGGAAAAUCUCGUGACGUUGAUUCAUUUGUUGAUCAAUUGAAAGAAGAAGGUGAAAAUGUUGUAAGCACUCCACUUGCAGCAUUGGGAACAAAGCCUGUGCCAAUAAGUCCUCAGAUAAUUAAUACUGAACCUAUUCAUUUGCGACAAGAAGAGAGACUUAAUGUACGUGUCGGCCGUGAUGGAGGUCUUCAGCACUUUGAGUUACAUGGUUUAGUAACAUUACAUAUCUCUGAUGAAAAAUGGGGUCGUAUUCGUGUUCAACUUGAAAAUAGCGAUUCAAGAGGAAUUCAAUUACAAACUCAUCCAAAUGUCGAUAAAGAAUUAUUUAGGACUCGUGGUCAGAUUGGAUUGAAAAUACCUACUAAACCAUUCCCAUUGAACACAGAUGUUGGCGUAUUAAAGUGGCGUCUACAAGCUCAAGAUGAAACGGCAUUACCAAUUUCAAUAAAUUGUUGGCCUAGCGAAAAUGGUGAAGGAGGUUGGGAUGUAAACAUUGAAUAUGAAUUGGAACAAGAUGAUCUUGAAUUAAAUGAUGUAAACAUAAACAUUCCACUUCCAAUUGGAUGUACUCCUAUAGUAAGCUCGUGCGAUGGGCAAUACACACAUGAAACAAAGAAAAAUAUAUUAGUAUGGACACUACCAUUAGUUGAUGCAUCAACAAAGUCAGGUUCAAUGGAAUUUUCUGCCCCAUCUUCUACAUCUGCAGAUUUCUUUCCACUUCACGUUUCAUUUGCAUCAAAGACGUCAUAUGCCAAAAUUAAGAUCACGGAAGUUUUACUAGUAGAAGAUGAGAGUCCUGUAAAGCAUUCUAUAGAAACAGUUUUCUUUACUGACAAUUAUGAAGUGGUAUAAAUUGCAGAAAAAGUAGAUAUUAGUCUACAUACGCUUUGAACACAUGGAAAUGAAUACGGUACACUGGAAAACAUAAUUUUAAUAAUAAGUAAAUAGCCUAAUUAGUAUUCAUAUGCCAAUCAGAUUUCUAUUUCCAUAUGAUCAUUUAUUUGAUGAUACAUGGUGUCACUGCAAAAAAUGUAUUGCAGUAUAUUAAUGUGCACAUUACAAUCAUAUUGUUAUAAUGUAUGUUCAAUAUUCAUUUAUCAGAUAUAAAAUUGCAGAAAAGCCGUAUUUUAAUUAAAAAAAAAAAAU